AUGCCGCCUCCCAUCGAUCCGGAAACCAUUUACACCAAACAAACUUGCAUCGGUGGCGGAAGCUUCGGUAAGGUGUUUAAAGGUCUGGAUAGACGUACUGGAGAAUCAGUGGCUAUAAAAAUCAUUGAUGUCGAGAAUGCUGAGGAUGAUGUCGACGAUAUUAUCAAGGAGAUUGCUAUCUUGUCCGAGCUCAAGUCGCCCUAUGUCACCAAGUACCAUGGUUCAUACUUGAAGGGAUCCAACCUAUGGAUCAUCAUGGAGUUUUGUGCUGGUGGUAGUUGCCACGGCCUCCUACGACCUGGUGUGAUCCACGAGGAAUACAUUGCCAUUAUCCUGAGGGAGCUUCUGCGCGGGCUGGACUACCUCCACAGUGACCAGAAGCUGCAUCGGGACAUCAAAGCUGCCAACAUUCUUCUCAGCGCGAGUGGCCAAGUUAAAUUGGCGGACUUUGGCGUGUCGGGACAAUUGUCUGCAACAAUGACAAAGAAGAAUACCUUCGUAGGCACUCCAUUCUGGAUGGCUCCUGAGGUUAUCAAGCAAUCUGGAUACGACUAUAAGGCUGAUAUCUGGUCCUUGGGUAUCACGGCAAUUGAACUGGCUUGUGGUGAUCCUCCGUACGCCGACAUCCACCCGAUGAAAGUGCUGUUCUUGAUUCCCAAGAACCCGCCCCCGACAUUGGUAGGCGAUUUUAGUAAGCCUUUCAAGCAGUUUGUUGAACUAUGCUUGCGCCGAGACCCCAAGGAGCGGCCAUCAGCUAAGGAACUCCUUGAGCAUCCGUUUGUGAAGCGUGCCAAAAGAACAACCUACCUGACAGAACUCAUUGAGCGCGCAGAGCGUUGGCAAAUAACUCAUCGGGGCCAAGAUGACGAAGACGAAUAUGAUGGGUAUGAUGAUAGAGAAGCCGACCAAACAGCAAACGCCAGAACCCAGGAAAAGGAAGACCUUUGGGAUUUCGGGACCGUUCGUCCUGUGGGAAAAGCAUCUGCACCCCCGUUGCGCCCUAUGAAAGACUCUGACAGCAAUGCGCGAGCAAAUGAGACAGAAGAGUGGGAUCUGUGUGAUGAGACUCCCCAACAAGCUACACAAGCUCAAGUGAACCCAGCAAACCCUGCUUGCAAUGUUUCUCCCACAAAAACCCCUCUUCCUCCCUCUGCUCCAUCUUCCCCUCUCAAGCAACGCCCCUCCCAGACCGCACUUCCUCCGCGCAAAGUUGUGUCUCCAGUGGCUAGCAAGCCCGCAGUAGAAAACCCUCCCGUGAGGGGAUCGAACGAACAAUACGCACAGGCAGCGACUCACUACGCUGGCAAACUUGAUACUGCUUCUUCAGCCAAACCUAGCUCUGCGGUCAGUAACCAGGGCAUUCCUGCCAAACAAAUCUCCAGCAUUCCCAUUCACGACCAGCACAGUCUCCGCGCAUCCCUCAAGCCGCUCUUCCAAGACAUACAGAUCCACUGCAACACGCGAAGCCAGUUUCUGGACUCAAGUCUAAGCGCGCACCAGCAAACAUGGAUGACCAUGUUAUGCCCCACCGCUCCGCACCCCCCCACCCCAACUUCCAGCGACCACAAGCGUCCGACCCGACCUCUCCCUGAGACUGAGCGGGCAACCGCCUGUGGGACUGUGAUUCUCCCUGCCCUCCGCGCAGCCAUGGACCGCCGCCGCAACCAUCUCGUCCGUCUCGAACCCGGACGCAACCCCAACGACCCCCCGCCUACCCCAGAGCAAGAGAAGGACUUUGACCGCAGCGUUCGCAUUCACCAUGGUCUGGAGAAAGUUGCCGAAGAUAUCGCUCGAGCCUUUAACAGCCUCCACCACUGGGAUAUGGAGAGACCUGUCGAUAUGGGCGGUGGUGUUGAUGCUGUUCUCGACGCGUUCCUCGAGGAGGUCCUCGUCCGAUUGCAGCCCAGUACCGACGCGUAA